GUAUGCUGCAUGGUUUACCAGCCGGGCUUCGGGUGUUGUUGCCCGGUUGUUUUUGACCUUUUGCUGCUUGUAAUAAUUGUGCAACAGCACCAAGUAGGGCAGGACGCCAGGUGGCGAGCACAUGUUCCUACGUCACAGACAACACCCGCGGCCGGCCACUGCAGCUCUGCCCGCUCCACCGCCGACAGCUCCGCUAGGCUGAUAGAGGCUGAGAUGCACGGCAGCGCACUGGGAUCGUAAAAAAAACGGCCCUGUGCUCUUUCUUUCCAUUUUAACAGAGGUUACAACACGAAUAUUGGUGGCUGUUUGAAAACAAAGAGAAGGAUGGCACAGACAGACACCCUGCUGCAUCUGUUCGCUGGAGGAUGCAGUGGUACGAUUGGAGCCAUCAUGACCUGCCCCCUGGAGGUGUUGAAGACACGGUUGCAGUCCUCUGGCGUCACGCUAAGACCCGUCUUCCAGGCCCAGCUCGGCGCCUUAAGUCGCACCAGGGUUAUCCGACCGGGGACUGUUACACCUGGGCCGCUGCAGGUCCUACGAUCAAUCCUUGAAAAAGAGGGACCAAGAUCACUUUUCCGUGGCCUUGGGCCGAACCUCGUUGGCGUCGCCCCCUCAAGAGCCAUUUACUUCGCUGCAUACUCGAAAUCCAAAGAGACGUUCAAUGAGAUGUUUGUCCCCAACAGUGGUCUGGUGCACAUGUCCUCUGCUGGUGUUGCAGCUUUCAUUACCAACUCUCUGAUGAACCCCAUCUGGAUGGUGAAGACCAGGAUGCAGCUGGAGAAAAAAGCCCGAGGAGAGAAGAAGAUGAAUGCACUGCAGUGUGCUCGCUAUGUUUACAGAAUGGAAGGGGUUCGAGGCUUCUAUAGAGGCCUGACUGCAGCUUAUGCUGGGAUCUCGGAGACCAUGAUCUGCUUCCUCAUGUACGAGACACUGAAGAAAAACCUUGCCAAGAACCAGUUCAUCUCCCUGAAUGGUGAAAGUGAGAAAAGACCUUCGGACUUCCUCAGUCUGAUGUUGGCAGCUGCUGUUUCAAAGGGCUGUGCGUCCUGCAUAGCCUACCCACACGAGGUCAUUCGGACAAGGCUGCGUGAGGAGGGCAGCAAGUACAAGUAUUUCUUCCAGACAGGGAAGUUAAUAGCAGUGGAGGAAGGCUAUGCAGCUUUUUAUAGAGGACUCAUUCCACAGCUAAUUAGACAGAUCCCUAACACAGCCAUCGUCCUCUCCACGUAUGAACUCAUUGUCCACCUGCUGGGAGACUCCAAGUAGAGAAACGCUUCAAAGUCAGGAUUUUCCUGACUAACGAUGGACACCACAGAAAACCCAUGACACACUGGGCAACAGACUUUUGAAAAUGUAGCACAUACAUUGACUUAAUGUGGUGCAACAGAGACUGCAGCAUGGAACUGAAGCAGGUUUUACUGUCAUCCAAAGAGCUAAACACAUUAUUUUAUUCAAAUCUUGUCGUUAGGAGUUUAUCUCAUUAAUUUCAUCUCAUCUAAUUUCAUUUAUCUUGUUUUUGUUAUUUUAUGACAGUGUUUGUUCUCUUUUAUCAGUGGUAAAUGUACCAACACACACAGAUGACUGUGCAGGUUGCCUCAUUUAGAUAAUGAUGGGUUAGUGCUGUUUCCUUGCAAUGUAAUGACCACACAGAUCAUUUUGAGAUUUCUGUUUCACAAUGUGCUGGUAUUGAACAUUUGAAUUACAGAGAGGUUUAUCAUAUUUUCAUUAAUACAUAUGAUUACAGGCUUAUCUGUUUGUUUCCUUUGUGAAAAAGAAUGUCACCUUUUGCAAUAUAAUGAGAACUCAGAUGCUUAUUUGACCAGUGGCUCAAUAAAAUGCAUCAAGAAAAGACA